CUCCGCCUGUCGCGGCAGCAGGACCUCAGCGGCUCUGGGCCCGGGCCCGGCGGCGGCCAUGGCCUCGGCGGCCGUGGAGAGCUUCGUGACCAAGCAGUUGGACCUGCUGGAGCUCGAGAGAGACGCGGAGGUCGAGGAGCGCAGGUCUUGGCAGGAAAACAUCUCUCCGAAAGAACUGCAGAGCCGAGGCGUGUGUUUGCUGAAGCUGCAGGUGUCUAGCCAGCGGACUGGGCUGUAUGGGCGGCUGCUGGUCACCUUUGAGCCCAGGAGAUGUGCAUCUGCCGUGGUGCUUCCCAGCAACAGCUUUACUUCGGGCGAUAUAGUGGGUUUGUAUGACGAAGGGAGUCAGCUGGCCACGGGGAUCCUGACCCGGAUCACGCAGAGAUUGGUCACGGUGGCCUUUGACGAGUCCCACGACUUCCAGCUGAGCUUGGACCGGGAGCAGGCCUACAGACUGUUAAAACUUGCCAAUGAUGUCACUUACAAGCGACUGAAAAAGGCUCUGAUCACCCUAAAGAAGUACCAUUCUGGCCCCGCGUUCUCACUCAUAGAGGUCCUCUUUGGUGGAUCAGCGCCUAGUCCUGCAAGUGAGAUACAGCCGCCGCCGUUCUGUAACACUUCCCUGGAUGCCUCCCAGAAGGAAGCGGUCUCCUUCGCGCUGUCGCAGAAAGAGCUUGCCAUCAUCCAUGGGCCUCCUGGCACUGGGAAGACGACCACCGUGGUCGAGAUCAUUCUGCAGGCUGUGAGGCAGGGCUUAAAGGUUCUGUGCUGUGCUCCCUCUAACGUGGCCGUGGACAAUCUGGUAGAGCGUCUGGCUCGGUGUAAGCAGAGAGUCCUGCGCCUCGGGCACCCUGCCCGCCUGCUGGAGUCCAUUCAGCAGCACUCCCUCGACGCGGUGUUAGCGCGGAGUGACAGCGCCCAGAUUGUCGCGGACAUCAGGAAGGACAUCGAUCAGGCCUUUGCGAAGAACAGGCAGACCCAGGAUAAGAGAGAGAAGAGUAGUGUUUGGAGUGAAAUCAAGCUGUUGAGGAAGGAGCUGAAGGAGAGGGAAGAGGCUGCGAUGCUGGAGAGCCUCCUGUCAGCAGCCGUGGUGCUGGCGACAAACACAGGUGCUUCUUCCGACGGCCCUCUGAAGCUGCUGCCCGAUGGCCACUUCGACGUGGUGGUCAUCGACGAGUGCGCCCAGGCCCUGGAAGCCAGCUGCUGGAUCCCCCUGCUGAAGGCCAGGAAGUGCAUCCUGGCUGGAGAUCACAAGCAGCUGCCCCCCACCACGGUCUCCCACAAGGCUGCCCUGGCGGGGCUGUCGCUGAGCCUGCUGGAGCGCCUGGUGCAGGAACGCGGCGCGUGUGUGGUGCGGAUGCUGAGGGUGCAGUACCGCAUGCAUGAGGCCAUCAUGCGCUGGGCCUCGGAUGCCCUGUACCACGGGCAGCUCACGGCCCACCCUUCCGUGGCUGGGCACCUCCUACGGGACCUCCCAGGGGUGGCUGCCACGGAGGAGACCAGCAUCCCCCUGCUGCUUGUGGACACGGCCGGCUGCGGGCUGUUUGAACUGGAAGAGGAGGACGACCAGUCUAAGGGGAACCCUGGUGAAGUGCGCCUCGUCAGUCUGCACAUCCAGGCCCUGGUGGACGCUGGCGUCCAAGCGAGUGAUGUCGCCAUCAUUACGCCAUACAACCUCCAGGUGGACCUGCUCAGGCAGAGCCUUGCCCACAGGCACCCCGAGCUUGAAAUUAAGUCCGUUGAUGGCUUCCAAGGCCGAGAGAAGGAGGCUGUGGUCUUGUCCUUCGUCAGAUCCAAUAGGAAAGGCGAAGUGGGCUUCCUUGCCGAGGACCGGCGGAUCAAUGUUGCCGUCACCCGCGCGCGGCGCCACGUGGCGGUCGUGUGCGAUUCUCACACCGUUAGCAGGCACACCUUCUUGAAGACCCUGGUGGAUCACUUCGCGGAGCACGGGGCAGUGCGCACGGCCUUUGAGUAUCUUGACGACAUCAUCCCUGAAAACUACUCCCACAAGAGUUCCCAGGGCCACAGCCGAGCUGGCGCGAAGCCCCAUGGCUCUGCGGCGUUGGCCAGGAAGCCUCCUGGGGGCCGGCCGCGGGAGAGGGCCCAGGAGGCCAGAGCAGCUGAGGGGCUGGAGCGGAGGAGGCCGGGUGGGCAGCCCUCGGGCUCUGAGGUCCCUUCUCAGCCCAGGCUCAACGGAGGCAGCCCAGAGGGAGCGGGGAGCGGAGACCGUGCAGAACACUUCAGGGCCAAGAUCGCCGAGUUUGUGGCGAGUGAGAAAACCCAGUUGGAGUUUCCUGCUUCCCUGAACUCCCACGACAGGAUGUGGAUCCACCAGAUAGCCGAAGAGCAUGGGCUGAGGCAUGACAGCACUGGGGAAGGGAAGAAGAGGUUCAUCACCGUAAGCAAGAGAGCCCCGCCCGCCCCGCCAGCCCUACAGCGUCCAGCAGGGGCCGGCAGCCAAGCCCCUGUCGGGCCCACGGCCCCCAGCCCCACACAGAGCAAGCCCCCUCUUGGGGAGCAGAGCAGUCAGGACCCCCUGAAUCUGAAGGCCCUGCACCUGGAAAGGCUGCAGAGGGAGAAGAGCAGGCGGGAGCGGCCAGCCAAGGAGGGGCCGGCCAAGGAGGGGCAGCAGGCCUCGUGCUCCGGGCCGCGCACGUUAGCAGAGAAGAAGAAGAAGAAAGAAGCAAAAGGACACGUGGCUAUAGAUUUGCCCGGUGAGGAGGACUUCGAGGCCCUGGUCGCGGCCGCCAUCAAGGCUGAUAACACGUGCGGCCUCGCUAAGUGCACGGCCAGCGUCGUGACUGUGGGCCAGCUUUGUCUGCACUGUGGCCGCCGCUUCUGCCUCAGCCACCACCUGCCCGAGAUCCAUGGCUGUGGGGAGAGGGCUCGUGCCCAUGCCCGGCAGAGAAUCAGCCGGGAAGGAGUCCUCUACGCCGGCAGUGGGACCAAGGACAGGUCCCUGGACCCAGCCAAGAGGGCCCAGCUCCAGAGGAGGCUGGGUAAGAAGCUGGAUGAGCUGACCAGCCAGAGGAAGAGUAAACGGAAGGAGAAGGAGAAGUGACGGGUGAGCUCUUCACACGCAGCUCCAGAGCUUCUGUCUGAAAAAAACCUGUGAGGGCGAGCAGGGCUGCUUUCUGCUUUCUUGUAGCUGCUCCCCGUGACGGUGUGCAGCCUGGCCCACCUGCCUGUACCAGAGCCGGGUGGGGCACGGUGUCUGUGGGAGGAAGGGUGAGGUUUUGGACCCUGGAGAUGAGCUCUUCUAACCUGACAGCUCUUGGAGGAGGGUGCCUGGGGCAUGCGGUCAUUGCCACGUGGCCCCCCCUCUGGGCUUGGUGUGGGUCGGUCCGGGCAGGUCCCGUCCCUCUUCUGCCCUGGACCAUUUCCCAGUCUCUUCCUUCCCAGUCAGAACCGAAAUCCCAACAUCUGAACCUUGGGGGUGUUGCUGUGAGGGUCUCCCUCAGACUGCCCCAGCCCAGUGCCCCCUCAAGCUUCGUACAAGGAAAUUCCACCGUUGGGGGCCAGCCAGCUUUCAGGCCACCAGAGGAGGGAGAGCACCUGAAAAGUCAGAUCACGCGUCUGAGAACGCCGGGUGCCUCUCCCGUGUGUCCCCACGCAGCUGACUUCACUGAGGCCGGUUUCCGUCUGUGCCCUGUUCCCUGCCGGCUGCGGUGACCCGUCCUGGUCGUGCAGGGCGGCAGACACAGCUCAGGCUGCUCCCGCUCGGUCUGGAGGUGCCCCCGAGGCGCGUGGCCCGAGGGAGCCCUUCGCGGGUGGCGGUCGCAGGAAAGAGCUGUCGCAGGGCAGCGGCGCGGCCGACACAAAGCCGAGCCCUCCCACAGGUGUUCUCCAGCGUUCUCUGCUGGCUGCUGUACUGGGGAGAACCUCAGGCGAUGUCACAGUUUAGUCUCAGAGUUUUGUUUGUUUAAGUGGGCUAUAAAUUAAAGAGUAAAAUAAAGAUUUAUGCACACCGCCCGUGGUGUGGUUAUGUGUCUACAGUGAACGCGCUUCCCCCUUCCUGCUCCCUGUCCCUUUCCUGGAGUGUCCUGGGGCUC